AUGGUUUCCUGCCCUGGCUUUUUUCGGAGUCGCCAUCUGACAGAGGCCUGCAAGAAUUCGUACCCGCUGAUGCAAGCCUGGGUAAACGGCAAGCAGCAAAGCCGCGCGCUCUGCACGAUGAAGAGCUUGUCACAUGGCUCCCGCGCAACCUCAACUCUACAUGAUGGGACUUUUGAGUUCGAAGCAGCUUCAGCACCCGUUCUGCGCAAAUUCUCCACAGAUUAUUUGGAGCGUUUCCCGGUGGAUAGUUCUGCCGACGCCUCCGAUAUUAACCUGCCUUCUGAUGCUGCAGCUGUCCGGCUGGGAAUUCGCAUGCCGAGAACUGGGUUUCCCGCGCCGGAUUCCUGCCAAGCUGAAACUAGAACUGCUUGCGAGGCCUGA